CCGAUUCAGUGAAGCACGUAUUGAAUUCUUCCUGAUACUACACGCGUCAAACUCUUGCUGCCACACGACCCACAGCCAUGUCCAUCUUCAACAAUAAUAACCCAUUUGGUUCCUACAGCCAAAGCGGCGCUACUAAUACUGGUGGAAAUCCACAACAAGGCUACUAUUCGGAGUAGGAGGAGCCCCGCAGCAGGAUUUCUAUGGAACUGGGUAUAACACACGGCCGAGUUUAGAGGGGAAUAUUCCUGCUGGGAAUGGUGUACCGGGAAGUAUGAGUUUUGGAGGGAAUAUUCAAACUGUUGGGCCUUGGUGGACUGCGUUCACGACCGGUGCGAUUGAAGGUGAACCACCGUUACUGGAAGAACUUGGCAUAAAUUUCAACCAUAUUAGAAUCAAAUCUCUCACUGUGCUCCAUCCAGUGCGCAAGAUAGAUGAGCAUAUAAUGGACGACGCCGACUUGGCAGGGCCUAUCGUCUUUUGUUUCUGCUUCGCUCUUUUCCUUCUUUUUUCUGGAAAGCCACAGUUCGGUUACAUUUAUGGUGUUGCCUUAAUGGGGUCUGUAUCGAUAUAUGUGCUGCUGAACUUGAUGUCCGAAUCGGGGAUAGAUGCCUAUCGCGUAGCAUCCGUCCUGGGGUAUUGCCUACUACCCAUGGUGGGCGUUGGUGCCAUAAGUGUUGUAUUCACGUUAGAAGGCACAAUUGGCUACCUUUUAUCCCUCAUCUCCAUUCUGUGGUGCACAUACUCGGCAUCAGGCUUAUUCGUAACCGUUUUACGGAUGUCAGACCAGCGGUUAUUGGUAGCAUAUCCCAUAGGGCUAUUAUACGGCUGUUUUGCUCUCCUCAGUGUAUUUAAUGUGGGCGUAGUUUUAAAAUAG